AUGGCGUUCACUGCUAAUAUCUUCAUCUUCCUCUUCUCCAUUUUCACCUUCAUCACACACACCACUACAACUAAUCCACUAUUCCCUUCUCUAUCUCCAUCAUCAUCAUCACCUCCGCUAUCCAUCGUUCUCUCAAAUCUUGGAUUCAAUGACCUCGCGAACGCUUCUCGGCAUUCCAUUGUCUCUAGUGUUAAUUUCCCACUCACCAUUUUUGCACCUACUGAUUCUUCACUACUCACUUGCCCUUCUUGUUCACUUCCCCUGCUUCUUCAAGAACACUCUGUUCUUGGUCUUUACUCAUUUCACUUCCUUCGUACUCUCGCAUUUGGUACCAAGAUUGAAACCUUAGCACCUACGCGUUGUCUUACGGUUACUCCAUCGAGAUACAGGAAUUCGUCAAGGGCAGUGUUUGUUAAUGGGGUGGAGAUUACUAAACAGGAUGUUUAUAAUAAUGGGUUCUUGAUUGUUCAUGGUAUACAGGGGUAUGUUAGUCAUCUUUCUGUACUUUCUUGUAGAAUUGAGAGUAUGACUACUUUGUCCUUCCCAUUUCUUCCACCACCCACUGCUGCAUUCGACGCAUCGCGAUUGAUGUUGAGAGAUAUUGUGGGUCGUUUGCGUACUGGGGGGUACUCUAUUGUGGCGCUUGCUAUGAGGGUUAGGUACAGUGAACUGGCAGAUUUGAAGUCGAUGACUAUUUUUGCAGUUGAUGAUUUGUCAAUUUUUGGUAUCGGAAUUGGGCACGAAUAUGUGGCGAAUCUUGGGUUACAUAUUGUGCCUAAUAGGUUGUUGAUGGCGUCUGAUUUGGUGGAUUUGGCUCCGAAUUCUGAGCUGCUGACAAUGGAUAAAGAGGGGAAAUUGAUUGUGACUACUGCGGGUGGCAAUGGUCCUUUGGUUCCAAUGAGGAUCAAUUAUGUUAAAAUCAGGAAUUUGGACCUUGUUUACAAUAGAAGGAUUGUGGUUCAUGGACUCUCAACGCCAUUCCCGCGUGUUCGUCUUCAUGAUCAAGGUUCUAAUGAAUCUGCCACAAGAGUUUCAGAUAGAUCACAGAUCAAUGAAGAUUAG